AUAAAUAUAAAGGAACAAGUUACACAAAUCAGCAGUCAAUAAUUACAUACAAUUAAGGAACAAUAAUAACUUUGUUUUUGCCAUGAGUGACCUUGUUUUAUACUCUAUAGUUCUUUCUUUGAUAUUUCUUGGUCUAUAUGGAGCUGGGAAAAUUUUCUACUCCAUUUGGUGGAAACCAAAAUGGCUAGAAAGGAGGUUGAGGCAGCAAGGUAUAACCGGUACACCUUACAAGCUCUUUAUUGGAGAUAUGAAGCCAUUCAUAAAGAUGAUAACCGAAGCAUGGUCCAAACCGAUUAAUCUGAACCACCAGAUUAUUCCACGAGUUGAUCCGUUUACUCUUUAUGUUGUUCAGAAAUAUGGGAAGAUAUCAAUGUUUUGGAAUGGAAAAACACCAAGAUUGAUCAUUUCUGAUCCAGAACUAAUGAAAGAAGUCUUAUCCAACAAGCUAGGUCAUAUUCAGAAGCCACCAUUAACCCCUCUAAUUCUAAUUCUUGCAAAAGGAUUGACAGUUUUAGAGGGUGAAAAGUGGGCUAAACACAGAAAAUUGAUAAAUCCUGCUUUCCAUCUAGAGAAACUUAAAGGGAUGAUACCGGUAUUCGCAAUCAGCUGUAACAAAAUGAUACAAGAAUGGAAGAAGAUGAUCAAUAAUCAUCAAGAAACCUUUGAAGUGGAUGUCUGGCCAGAAAUUCAAAAAUUAGCGAAGGAUAUCAUUUCGCGGGCAGCAUUCGGAAGCAAUUAUGAAGAAGGAAAGCAGAUAUUUGAACUUCAACAUGAGUUAAUGAUGCUGACUAUAGAAGCUAUGCGAAGCUUGUAUAUUCCUGGUUUUAGAUUUCUUCCUACAAAGAAGAACCAGAGGAGAAAGAAGCUGAACAUAGAGAUUACAUCAUUGCUGAGAAAUAUGGUUGAGAGGAAAAAUAAUACAAUUAGAACUGGACAAUCUAAGGUUGAUGACCUGCUAAGCUUACUCUUGCAUUCUAGUGAACAGAGUGAAAGUGGAAUUGGAAGUAAUGGAUUGACAAUUGAGGAGGUUAUAGAGGAAUGCAAGGUCUUCUACCUUGCUGGCCAAGAAACAACCUCAAGCUUGCUAACAUGGACAUUGAUAGUCUUAGCUAUGCACCAAGACUGGCAAGAAAAAGCAAGAGAAGAAGUUCUACAUGUUUGUGGAAAGAAACAACCUGAUUUUGAAGAUUUAAACCACUUCAAGAAUAUAAACAUGAUCUUGAAUGAAGUCUUGAGGUUAUAUCCACCAGCAAUUGCUCUAUAUCAACACGCUCGCGAGGAGACCAAGAUAGGAGACAUCACUAUUCCAGCAGGUGUUGACAUUACUCUACCCACAUUGCUCAUUCACCAUGAUCCUGAGUUCUGGGGUAAUGAUGCAGACGAAUUUAGACCAGAAAGAUUUUCAGCAGGAAUUGCAAAGGCAUCUAAAGAUCAGUUAGCAUUCUUUCCUUUCGGUUGGGGUCCAAGGACCUGUAUUGGCCAAAACUUUUCCAUGUUAGAAGCUAAGACAGCUUUGGCCAUGAUUCUACAACAUUUCUCGUUUGAGCUUUCACCUUCAUACUGUCAUUCCCCGUACACAGUAAUGAUUCUGCAACCACAACAUGGAGCUCAACUUAUAAUACGCCAAAUAUAAGCUUCUCCAGAAGACAGAAAAGUUAAAAAUUAUAUCAUAAUCAUAUACUCACCUGUUUCUUCCGAAUAACUUUCUUCAAUGUCCUGAAGUUUGCCAGAUUGUGCUGCUAGAUUUGUGAUCUUUCACAGUACUGAAUUCAAUAUAAGUAUUAUUAUAGAUAAUAAAGAUUUUGAUUUCAAAUUAUAA